AAGAGCUUUAUCAGUGGCAGUCUCCCCCUGUCGUCAUAACAGCAUAGUACGGCUCUGACACUACCUCCACUCAAUACCGAGAGAGAGAGGGGCACAAUAAACAGAAGACAUCUGUGUCUGACAUCGAUGCAGCGAAGACCGUAAUUUAAACCGCGCGUCUUCGCUCCCCAACUAGAAACCCUCCUCACCCCAUGAACGGUGCCGGUGACACGGGGUUUAACGUCCUCUAAAGACGGUGACAGGGCGAGGAGGGAAGGUUGCCUUCCGGGGGAAUCAUCGAAGCAGCAGCUGAAGCAGGGUUGGUUUGGUUUUGACCACUGGAGGACCCACCACUAACUAGCUGGAUCUGAGGGACUCCAGACAGAACAGAGACCACACACCUCCGACUACCUAACAUCAGAACCAAGAAGUAAACAAUCAGCAAACAACAACAACAGCGCCAUGCAUACCUCCCUCGUCUUCCUCCUCCCCUUCUUCCUCCUCUCUCUCCUCGCCUCCUCUUCUUCUUCCCAGAGUGACUCUCCGGAACUCAUCGUCACCAUGCGGGCAGGACGUGUCCGCGGCGUCCGCCUACCGACACCAGACCGGAGUCACGUGACCGCUUUCCUCGGAAUCCCAUUCGCGGAGCCCCCACUGGGCAAGAAGCGCUUCCGAAAGGCGGAGCCCAAGAAGCCAUGGUCAGACUUGUUCGAAGCUAGCUCCUACCCCAACGCCUGCUACCAGUUCGUUGACACCUCUUUCCCGGGGUUCCAGGGAACCGAGAUGUGGAACCCCAACAGGGAGAUGAGCGAGGACUGCCUCUACCUCAAUGUCUGGGUCCCCACCUCCACCAGACCUCACAACCUCACCGUGAUGGUAUGGAUCUACGGAGGAGGGUUCUACAGCGGAUCAUCGUCCCUGGACGUGUACGACGGGCGCUACCUGGCUCACUCAGAGAAGGUGGUGGUGGUUUCCAUGAACUACCGUAUCGGGGCCUUUGGGUUCCUGGCUCUCCACGGCUCCUCAGAGGCCCCUGGGAACGUGGGGCUCUUAGACCAACGCAUGGCCCUCCAGUGGGUCCAGGAUAACAUCCACUUCUUCGGGGGCAACCCCAAACAGGUGACCAUCUUUGGGGAGAGUGCCGGAGCAGUCUCUGUUGGGAUGCACCUCCUGUCUCCCGACAGUCGACCCACCUUCACCCGAGCCAUACUCCAGAGUGGAGCCCCCAACUGCCCCUGGGCCACUGUUACGCCAGCUGAAGCCCACCGGAGGGCCGUCAUGUUGGGGAAGCUCGUCGGCUGCCCCUCUGGGGGUAACGAUACGGAGCUGGUGGACUGUCUUCGCAACAAGCCCCCGCAGGAGCUCAUUGACCAGGAGUGGCAGGUCAUGCCAUGGUCUGCCAUCUUCCGUUUCUCCUUUGUGCCCGUCAUCGACGGCGUGGUCCUUCCGGACAACCCCGAGGCCAUGCUCAGCUCAGGCAACUUCAAGGACACCCAAAUCCUGCUGGGGGUCAACCAGGACGAGGGGUCCUUCUUCCUCCUCUAUGGAGCCCCCGGCUUCAGCAAGGACAAUGAGUCACUGAUCUCGCGCGAGGACUUCCUGGAAAGCGUGAAACUGAGCGUUCCGCAUGCCAAUGAGAUCGGCCAGGAGGCUGUGGUUCUGCAGUAUACUGACUGGUUCGAUGAGAACAACGGGGUAAAGAACCGCGAUGCCCUGGACGAUGUGGUCGGAGACCACAACGUCAUCUGCCCCCUGCAGCACUUCGCCAGGAGCUAUGCCCAGUUUCACUCUAACCAGGGUGCCAACAACGGGCAACAAGCGGGCAACGCAGGGGCCACGACGAAGGAUGGGAACUCACAAGGUGGAGUGUACCUGUACCUGUUUGACCACCGUGCGUCUAACCUGGCGUGGCCUGAGUGGAUGGGCGUUAUCCAUGGUUACGAGAUAGAGUUUGUGUUCGGCAUGCCGCUGGAGAAGAGACUCAACUACACAGCCGAGGAGGAGAAACUGAGCCGACGCAUGAUGAGAUACUGGGCCAACUUCGCACGCACCGGUAACCCCAAUAUCAACUUUGAUGGCAGUGUGGAUAGCAGGCGGAAGUGGCCCCAGUUCACCAACAGUGAACAAAAACACGUGGGUCUGAACACGGAAUCCCUGAAGAUCCACAAGGGCCUGCGGAAUCAGCUGUGUGCAUUCUGGAACCGCUUCCUGCCACGCCUCCUCAACAUCACCGAUAACAUAGAUGAGGCGGAGCGUCAGUGGAAGGUGGAGUUCCAUCGUUGGUCCUCCUACAUGAUGCACUGGAAGAGCCAGUUCGACCAUUACAGCAAGCAGGAGCGCUGCACUGACCUCUGAGGAGAGAAAGAAAGAGAUGAUGAAGACCUUGUCCUUCCAUAGUUUCCUACAAUUCUUCAUGUGAUAUAAUUUGUUUAAGGCUUGCAAUUUAACUCGACGAAGGUCAAACAGUGGAUUCCUUUCCCCCACAAAAUCACAUUUACUGUAUCACAAAUCAUAUUUUCUGUGUGUUUUUUGUUUGUUUCCAUUGCAGAUGUUUGGCUGCCUAAAACACGUCCAUAAGCUGACAAUUUAUCAGCAUCAAAUUUAUUAUGGAAGGAGGUGGUCAUUGAUGAAGGCUGUGAAAAGGUGAACAUUUCAAAGGUGUGUCAUUACAAUACCUCUGAAGACUGUGUGUAUGUGUGUGUGUGCGUGUAUGCAUGCAUGCAUCCGUGGGCAUGUGUGUGUGUGUGUGUGUGUGUGUGUGUGUGUGUGUGUGUGUGUGUGUGUGUGUGUGUGGAAGUGUGGUAUGACUGAACCUCUGUUCCACAUCACUCUUAUUUUUUUUACUUCACUUUAUUAUUUUCCAGUUGAUACAAAUCUCGCUAUCUGCUUAUUUUUAAUGAUCUUUAUUUAAAACAGCUAUUAUGAACACUGUUUCACUGUCUAACAAUGUAUCCGUUCACUUGUCGUUCGUCUAUCUCGUAUAUAUGUCCUUCCCCCCCGUUCUUCUAUCCUUCUUUCUUUCUCUCUGACUGUAUUGGUUAGGUGAUCUGCUGUUCUAUCUGUGUAGUGUCUUCUCCUGUGUCUCAAAUGACACCCUAUUCCCUAUAUAGUGCACUACUAAGCUCUGGUUGAAAGUAGUGCACUCCAUAUGGAAAAGGGUGGGAUUCAGAAAUACAAUCUGUGUCUGUGUAGCGUCUUUUUUUGCAUCUCAAAUUACACCCUAAUCCCUACAUAAGUGCACUACUAAGCUCUGGUCGAAAGUAGUACAUGGAAUAGGGUGGGAUUUGGGAUGUAGUCUGGGUGGGUCCAAACCUAAAACCUCUGAUCAAUUAUUAUAGGAAUCUGGAGCCAUGUAAAUCUCUGUGUGCUGGUUUAGAAAAUAACUAUACUGGAUAAAAACAAUUAGACUGUGUGUGUGUGUUGCACUACAUGGAUAUAAACAGACAAGUGCAUACAAAGUUCAUAUACACACACUAUCGCUCUCUCACACACCAAACACACACACACACACACACACACACACAGAGUGGAUUGAAAAACGUGCACGGAGGACCAAUACUCACAAGUUCAGCGAUCAACAAGAUAGACAUGUAGUCAUGUUAUAUGUCACACAUGUCUAUCUUGUUCAUCGCUGAACUUCAUCGCUGAACUCCGUGCACGUUUCUCAAUCCACUCUGUGUGUUUCGGUGUGUGUGUGUUUCGGUGUGUGUGUUUCGGUGUGUGAGAGAGCGAUAGUGUUUGUAUGCACUUGUCGGUAUAUAUCCACAUACCUCUGUCAAUCACCUAUAUGUAGCCAAGCACUUGUGAACGUCAGUCACACCCACUGUUGUUUGUUCUAGCAUCAGAAUGCAGUAAAGUAUUAUAUUUUGUGGGCGUGAGGGUGUGUGUGUGUGUGUGCAUACUACUAAUAUUGUCUCCGUGCCAACGGGUCGAUGUGUCUCGCUCCCCUCCAUCUCUCUCUUUUGUCCUAUCCAUCUCUCUCCCGUCUCAACCCCCCCUCUCUCUCCACCUUCCCCUCCAUCUCUCUCUCCUCCAUCUCGCCAUGUCCCCAGAGGACGAACGGUUCUCGUUAGUCUAAUGGAGACUGAAGUAAUUCACUCAGUGUGUGUGUGUGUGUGUGUGUGUGUGUGUGUGUGUGUGUGUGUGUAAUUCAGUGCUCCAGUGAAACGACAGGAUGCUGCGUCAGCCAUUCGCUGGCUAUGAGACUGACAGGCCUGGCUGGGCUGUACUGCACUGCUCUGCUGCAGUGGCCGGGGCUGAUGGAGAGAGAGGGAGGAGGGUGAGAGAGGGGUGAGAGAUUGAGAGCAUGGGUAGGAGAGAUGAGAGAUGGAGAGGGAGGGGAAUGAGAGAUGGAGCUAGGGUGAGUGGGAAAUGGAGAGAGAGAGGGUAAAGAUAAAAAGAGAGGGGAAGAUGGAGGGAAAAAAGAAAACAGGGUUACGUACUCCACUCUUGUCUAUACUAAGGUUAUUUAUCAUUAAUGUGACAUAUAAGUACUAUGUGUGGGUUAAUAUUACUCUUUUUCAAUAUUUUAUUUUGCAGUUGCAUUCUUCAGGUUUAAACCAACUACAGAUGUCAGAGUAUAAGAGACUGUCUGGAGGGUUUAUCGAUCACUUCCGUAUCUGUUGAGAUUGUUCUGAGUUUGGCUGCUCUCGUAGGGACUUUGACAUGAUAAAUCCGUCCGUCGGUCUAUCUGUCUUUGUGUGUUCUCUGAAUGUGUGUCUAAUUGUCUGUCACGGUGAGUCUACCUUUUGUUUGUUUGUUUGUCCAUCUGUGUCCACCUCUGUCUCUCUGUGUCUGCUUGCCUUUGUCUAAUUGUCUGUGUCCAUCCGCCCGUCUCUAUACAGUUUUUGCAUGAUGUCAUACUUUUGUGAUGUCAUAUGUGUAAUGUCAUAUUUAUUUGAACUUGCGUUUGUUGACAUUGUGGAAGGGAUCAGGAUCAGCCUUGUGAUUGGUCAGUGGGUCUUUCUGCGAAUCAUUAUGAUUGGUUUAUUCACCGGCAUGUACAACUCCUAUUUAACGACUGGAGUAGAGUAGUCUAGCUUUAAAAAAUAUAUAUAUAUAAAAUAAAAAAGUCAAAGACUAUCUGUAAUUAUUUAGAUACUGGUUGAGUCCCAAAUGGCACCCUAUUCCCCACAUAGUGCGUUACUUUUCAUCAGGGCCCAAAGGGCUCGGGUCAAAAGUUGUGCACUAUAUAGGGAAUGGGUUGCCAUUUGGGACGCAUCCACUUUGUUUGACUGAACAGAAUGCGUGUGUAUGUACGGAUUGGCUGCGUGAGUGUUCCGAUGAUGACUGAGUGACAGCUGCUCAAGCACCUCUUUUCCAAUAAGAGGGCCUGCUUACCCUUUCUCCUCCAAUGAUAUCCCUUUAUGCAUGUCCAGAGCAACAACCCCCCCCCUCUCUGUAUUCUACUCCAAAUUUAUGACAGUUAUUUUCUGUAACAAUAUAAUACCCCUGAUGUUCUGAUAUGUAUUUUGAUUAUUAUUACAAUUAUUAUAGCUUUGAAAUUACAGUUGAUGUUAGCAAUAAUAUAACACAUUGAUAACUAAAUAUAUGACAUUUAUUGUAUGAUGAUGACAACGAUGAUGAUGAUUAUGACGAUGAUGAUGAAGAUUGACAAAGCAAUAUAAUAUAUAUAAAGAGUGCCAUAUUUUUAUUUGAAUUGUUAUAUUAUUAUUUUUAUUUUUCCUUUUUCAAUCCAACAGUAUUAGUACAGUACUACUACAGUAUACUAGUCUAAACAGUAUAUAGAGUAUAUACAGUAUUAUGGGUAUAUACAGCAUAGUAUCUACUGUAUAUAGUAUAUACAGUUUAAACUAGUAACACUACUGUACUAUUACAGUACUACUACUUCUGCAUCAUUUGUUACAGUCGCUAGUACUUUAAAUAAUACAUUAGAAUGGCUUUUGUAGAAGUAUGUAUUCAUGAAUGCCAGCUUGUUGUUUGUCAAAUUGGAACAAAAUAAAGACACCAUGCUUGCUUACCUCUAA